UCAAGCAAACGAGCAGCAUCACACACAGAAGAGAUUAAAAAAAAAAACCAAAACACUGUUGCACAUGCGCAUAAAAUCUUAACCUUACACACAAGUGAACAAGAAAAAGUGUCGUGUAAAAAAACAGAAAAACAAGUUAUUUAAGGAAACAUAUCAGAUAACGGACUAUAUAUAUCAUCAUCAUCAUCGAUAUCGACAUCAACAUCAACAUCAUCACCGACAACAGAGACACUAUGGCUGUAUCGGCACUGAAUAUGACACCAUAUUUCGCUGGAUAUCCCUUUCAAGGACAAGGUCGCGUCAAUCAACUUGGCGGCGUCUUUAUCAAUGGUCGCCCCCUUCCCAAUCAUAUACGUCGACAGAUUGUCGAAAUGGCUGCUGCCGGAGUGCGUCCUUGCGUCAUCUCACGCCAAUUGCGCGUCUCGCACGGUUGCGUCUCAAAGAUACUGAAUCGCUUCCAGGAGACAGGAUCCAUACGCCCUGGAGUAAUUGGCGGCAGUAAGCCACGUGUGGCCACUCCCGACAUUGAAGCACACAUUGAGGAAUUGAAGCAAUCACAGCCGGGAAUAUUCAGUUGGGAAAUCCGCGCCAAAUUGAUCGAAGCUGGUGUAUGUGAUAAGCAGAGUGCUCCAUCGGUUAGCUCCAUUUCACGGCUAUUACGCGGAUCAUCGUCGGGUGCUGGUACAUCGCACAGCAUAGAUGGCAUCUUGGGCGGUGGAGCUGGUUCAGCGGGCAGUGAAGAAGAGGAGAGUGACGAUGACACUGAACCCAGUGUUCAGCUGAAGAGGAAACAACGCCGUUCACGCACAACCUUCUCCAAUGAUCAGAUUGAUGCCUUGGAACGUAUUUUUGCCCGUACUCAGUACCCAGAUGUCUACACCCGUGAGGAAUUGGCUCAGAGUACUGGCCUGACAGAGGCUCGUGUGCAAGUUUGGUUCUCCAAUCGUCGUGCUCGUCUACGUAAACAAUUGAAUACCCAACAAGUGCCCAGUUUUGCCGCCACAAGCAGUUCUUAUGGAACAGGAGCCACAUCCUCGGUUAGCGCUGCUGCUGCUGCUGCUCCCAAUAUGUCUAUGGGUCUCUAUGGAUCUCAGGCGUGGCCCACAGCUGCUACUGCCACAACUGGCUAUGAGCACCAUACUGGUUUCGGUGGUUCAGUGGCCUCCAUGUCACCUGCCAGCAGCACCAGCGGUGGCUCUACCAGCGGUUCGGCUGCCCACAGUCCAGUUCAGGCCCAAGGUGGCUCCAAUUAUAUCAAUUCAUCCGCCACCGCCUACGGUAUGGGUGGUUCUUCAAGUGGAGCCUACUCGUCUUCGGCCUACGCCAUGCCCUCUGGAACUGCCAGCUCAGCUGAACAAUUGCGUUCACAAUUUGCUUCCGCUGCUGCCUCUGGUGCUGCCUCAUCCUGGGAUGGUUACAAUUUCGCUCCGAGCUCGUUCUUCCCCACUGCGGCGCCCAGCUCCAAUCACAUGGUUGGCUACCAUCAUCAGAUGGAUCAAACCAAGAGCACCAUGGUUUCUGCGGCUCCAACGUAUCCUUACUUUGGCUUCUAGAUUCUAUUAUUGUUAGCGGCUGCACUAGCUCCAGUUUCUAGAGUUAAGAUUUUAGCUGGUUCUAUAUGGAAAAUUCUUUAUUUUAAGAGCUUAAGACUGUUUAUACUUUAUGUUAAUAUGU